AUGGCAAGCUCUUCUCAGGAGCCGCGGCGGAAUGAAGUGCCUGACGAGAGGGCCGACUCGAACAGUCAAGAGAGCGCGGUUGACGCCUGGUCUUCCACUGCUAUCCACCAACCCACACACCGGCCACCCCAUCAUGCAGUAGGCUUCUGGCACCCACGGAUGCGCAAGGUGCGGACACAUGUUAUUGUGUUAUGGCUUCGGACAAUGCUCAUAUUGACUGUCUUCAUCCUAAGCAUCCUUUCCCUGUACUGGGCCGUUCUUUACCGAUUGGAGGAGAAUCUGCGCGCUCUUACGGUCCAAGUAGUUGAUUUUGAUGGCCUGGUUGAGCCUUACACCGGUGGCAGCCCGAAAAUUGGACCACAGGUCGUCCAACUCACCGAGCAAAUGCUCUCCAUGUCGGGACCAUCACUGGGAUACCAGACUGUCCUCGCAUCGCAGUUCGCUUAUGACCCGCUGAAGGUUCGGGCGUCAGUGUACGAAUGGGACUCUUGGGCUGCCAUUGUCAUCAAUCCGAAUGCCACGGCACUUCUGCAGCAGGCCGUCGAGACUGGAAAUGCUUCCUACGACCCGACCGGUGCCGUGCAGAUCAUUUACCAGACCGCAAGAGAUUCAACGACCGUCUCAUCAUACCUCUCCCCCAUGCUGCAGCAGUUUAUAAGCCAGUUCACAGCUCAAUUUGGCCCAAGCUGGGGGGCCAUGGUCAUGUCCAAUUCAUCUCUCACACGGGAUAACUUGGCUUCGGCGGCGGCGGCAGUCAAUCCGGGCAUCUCGCCUCUGAUGUACGACCUGCGACCUUUUCAGCCUGCUGUUGUGACGCCGGCAAAAUUCGUCGAACCUCAAGGUCACCCUCCACUUCACUUCUGGCAGUUCAUCAUAUGGAGAUGGAUCGCCACGGUGGUCUGCUAUAUAUUCAUAUCCUUGAUAUACUCGCUCAUCUCCCUCGCCUUCCAGAUCUCGCUCACGCCCGGUCCAGCAAGUCACGUCUUCUCACCUCCGUUAAGCGGCGCAACAGCCUAUGGGCAUGGAAGCUUCGCCGUCUACUGGAUGCUCAACUUCUCUGGCAUGUGCGCUCUCGGCAUUGCAUGCGAAAACGUGGCCAUGAUGAUCGGCCAGCCGUGGACGGCGCUUUGGCUCAUCUUCUGGGUCAUCACCAACGUCAGCACAUCAUUCUACUCGAUGGAUCUCGCACCUGGGUUCUACCACUGGGGUCGCGCAUGGCCGCUGCACCAGGUCGUCGAGGCGAGCCGCCAUAUUUUAUUUGAUCUGCAUUCCAGGAUAGGCAUCAACUUUGGCAUUCUCUUUGCGUGGGCAGCCGUCAACACGGCGCUGUUUCCAUGCUGCUGUUAUUUCAGGCGGUGGAGCACCGGGCGUGCGAAGCGCAAGGCGGAGAUGGAGAAGGAUCGAUACGUGGUGCACGACGGGGAAGAGAAGAAGGAGACUGCCAAGGCGACAGGCGUAAAGCCUCCUAUUCGUAAGAGAGGGUUCAUGAGAGAGGUGUGA